CGACGUUGAGGGCAGUAUUUGAAUGUGUUUGGCGCGAAGAAGGUGUAUAUUGUCAAUGUCGGGAAAAUAAAUGUAUACUGUAUACAGUAGUAUACAUAUAACAAACGAGGCUUUUGUUGAUUUGAUAUACUUAACUUCCAGACUGAGAUUAGAGGUUUUAUUUAGCUGACAUUGCCACUCACUGCUGUUGCGUGGAAUUCAGGAAUGAUUCAUCCAGCGUGAUUUAAUGAAAAUGAUAGGAUUGAUGGAGAGCUCAGAGCAAUGGAAGCCUGCAAACAACACAGAACCUACAAAGGACGACACAGUGAAGAUAUGCACAACACUUGACAACUUCUUUAAGCCUAUACAUUCACCACCAUCAGAACACAGAAUGAGUAAAGAUCUGCGUAGCUAUUUUUCAACAAGUCCUCCAACAAACAAGACAAAGACUUAUUCACAGAAGUUAGAUGAGGAGUCGACUAGAUCAAUCCACCUAAAGUCAUCAGAAACUUCUAAAAGAACAUUGAACAAUGAAAAAUCAAAACCAGGAAAAAAUAAAAGAAAGAAUAGUGAGCAUGUGAUGCCACAGAUGGAAAUGGAUAAUAAAAAUGAGGUCCAUGUAAUCAGCAAAGUAAACGGAAAAAAUGGUGACAGAAAAUUGGUUUCAAAGCCUCAAAAGCAAGCAAGGAAAUGUAAGACUGGGGUUACAAAAACUAAAGUAAUGGCAGUAAAUGAUGAUGGAGAUGGAACAGAUGUUGCUAAUUGUAGUUUUGUGUCAUUUGAUGACUUUCUUGGAGAUGAAACAAAGUUGGAAAAUCCAGUAAAAAAUUCUGUGAAUAAAAAAGACAAAAAACAGGAGAAAAGAAGUAAGAAUGCAACAACAGACAGGAAAUCCUCAGGAGAUAAAGAAGUAAAACUUGAUGAUGAGAUUUCAAAGUCUUUAUGUACUGAAGAUCAAAUUUUGCCUGCUCUUAAGAAAUCAUGUAAAACCGUGGUAGUUGAAAUUCAUAGUUCUGUCUCCAGUACUGAAUGUGAGGGAGAGAGCAAGAACAGCCCUCAACGAAGCAAUUCCUUAAGAGGUUCAAAUGUUGUGGUGGAUUCUGGUAAGAUAAAUCUAAGCGAAAUAGAAGUGGUUCAGUCAGAUAUACAAAAAAAUAAUGAGUUACCCUUUUCCCAUACUGAAUUUACGAGCAGCAACACCAGGUCUUUUCCAAUAUUCCAGAAAAAUACCCAACAGGGUACAGUAACAGAUGUAAAGCCAGCUCCUGUAUUUAGUAUAUUUGAGAAAAAAAGAAAAAAUUUAGAAAAAGAAGUUGUAGAAACACCUCAGGAAAAAACAGAAGAUGCUCAUAAACGAAAGCUAAACAAAAUUGAGAAGGAAAGUGAUGAACAUUAUCCAAGAAAAAGGAGGAAAAAAGCUCAGAAUAAUGCAGCAGACCUAAGUACAAUGAGUAUUGACGAGUUUGUGCCUGACAUGCAAGGAAAAGAGUCGAUUAAAAAAUCUCGGAAGAAGCAAAAGAAAAGAUGCACAAGUGAUGAAACGUCACUGAAAUUAAGGAGAUCAACACGAGCAAUCACAAAUUCAACUCCCAAAAAAGAGUUUGAAGUUGAGAGCGCCAUAUGGGCAGAUGGAACAAUUCGUAUGAGAAUCAGAGCGAAGAAAAAUACUACAUCUUCACUAGUCAGAGCUAAGAGUGAUGUAAAGACAGUCACAGCCAGUAAGCUACUGAAGAAAGCCAAAGGUCAAAGUGUAAAGGCCAGUACACAAUCAUGUAACAGUGUUGCCAUGAAGUUGAAAAGUAAUCAAAGCACAAGAAAACAAACAGGAAAACAAACUGCUAUUAACCAAGACAAGAAUGCUAAAACACAGAGAAUGGCUUCCAUAUUUACAAAAGGUGGAAGAAAGAAUGUUUCUAUGAAAACAAUGGGUAAAUUAAAACCAGGUGUUUCGUUAGAUCUAAAGCAUACACAAAGCAAGACUUGUGCAGACAAGAAUCCAUUCCUUGUUCUGGAUGAGGAGUCUCUUAAAGCUAGACGUGCUUUUCUGAAUAGGGACGCUGUCCCUGAUGUCCACAAACAAACAAACAACACUAUCAACGUGAAUGACUUGCAGGAGCCGCCACUGCCCUCUAUACAACACAUUCUUCAGAAAGAUACAAAUCCUCUAUGGAAUAUACCGAAGGUGAACUUAAAAAUACGAACAAUGGAUGAUGCAAAAACGACUGGAACUCAACAAAGCUUUAUGUGGAAUAUCAAAAAAAUUGACAAUGCUCACCAAAAAUACUUAAUAAAGGAUUUCUCUGGCCAUUCUGAAUUUUCAUAUGAAACACAACGAACACUUUUGAAUAAGUUGAGUUUAGAAUAUCCAAAAUUUCCAGUUCGGAGAAUUUUUAAAAGAUACCUGGCUAAGUGCCGCGGUCACACCGACUCCAGUAAAGUGGCAAAGAAGGGUGAAUCUGAUGGAAAGGCCAUAAACGAGAAUAAACCUACUAAACGAAAAUCAGCAUUGCCUGUAGAGAAUGAAGAUAGAAAAAAGCGGAGAAAAAUUCCAGAAAAUGAAGGGAAAAGUUCAAAAACAGCUUCUAAGGAAAAGAAAACAAAAGACCUGGAUAAGUCAGUACGACCUGUUAGGCAAACUAGGAAAAAGGGGACUGUUGCUAUGGAUGAUAAAAAGGAAGAAAUGGAAAAAAAGGAUUAUAAGAAAAAUGAAGGAGGAGAUUUAUUAUCGACUGAGAAAGAAGAUAGUGCAUCUGCUGGUAAGGCAGAUGCUCAGCUGUGGACAGAGAAAUACCAACCAACAAGCAUUCUGGAGCUCAUUGGUAACCAAGGCAAUAUGAAAAAACUUCAAUCCUGGUUAACAGAAUGGAAGAAAUUAGCAAUCAGGGAAAAGAGAAAGAUUAAGAAGGAAAUAAGGCAGAAUAGUAAUUCACAAGGAAAUAAAGAAUGGUGGAUUCAGGAUGAUGAUAGUGAUUAUGAGUUCAUUGAUGAUUUUGAUAGCGAUGAUGAUGACGAUGAGUAUGAUGGGCUCUGCAAUACCAAGAUACUGGUUGGACCAAGUGGGGUGGGCAAGACAGCUGCAGUGUAUGCUUGUGCGAGUGAGCUAGGCUUCAAGGUAUUUGAAGUGAAUGCAUCAAACCGCAGGACAGGUAAGCAGAUACUUACGGAUCUUGGUGAAGCCACCCAGUCACAUCACGUCGCUAGGCAAUCUGUCAGUGGACCAUUGGCAAGCUUUCUGUCAGUUCAAGGGUCACCAAAGAAGUUAGCAAAUCCAGCAAAGACUAAAGUUGGCAUUCAAAAUUUCUUCAAGCCGACUGCAACUCAGGCCGUGAAGACAAAACCAAAGAAGCUAUCAGAAACAUGUGCAGCCAAGGUGCCACCUGCUGUGAAGGAAGAGGAGCAUGUUCUACCUAUCAAGAAAAUCACUAGCACUUCACUCAUAUUCUUUAAAGAUGUAGACAUUGUGUUUGAAGAAGACAAGGGAUUUGUAGCAGCAAUCAACAGCUUCAUGGAAACUACUAAAAGACCUAUAAUAAUGACAACCUCUGACCCCACAAUAUGUUACGAUUUCAGCAGCCACAGUGAAACACUUCACUUUAGAUCGCCAUCUGUAGAUCAAUUAGCAGUGAAUCUGCAGUUGAUAUGCCUUGCAGAGAAUGUGUUGGCACAACGUGAAGAUUUGAUACGUCUUGCAAAUUUAUUGAAUUGUGAUGUGAGGAGGUGUAUAACAGCGCUUCAGUAUUGGGUAGGAUCAGGCGCUGGGAUAAGUUGGUGUGCAGAGAAUUUGUCAAGAACUGAUCAUAGUUUGGUAGAUGCGUCUGAAAAUCAACAACCAGAAGCAGAAUUCAGAACAACCAAAGACAUCAAAGCAGAUGCUAAAUCAUUUAAAAUGGAAAUGGAUAUGAACACUGAUUUGUCACUGGAUGUCAAACAACAUUCUGGAUGUUUUGAAAGCACAAUUGGACUGCUUAAUUUGCAAAACAGUUUAGAAGAAAUGUUCAAUUCUUUGCAGGAACCUUCGGAACGCUUGUCAUCUUUCUGCAACCAGUGUGAACUAGUUUCAGUAUUCAGUCAACAUGGAACAAGCAUCAUACAUAAUAACCUCGAAUCACUGUUACCAUGGAUACAUUACAAAGAAAAGACUGACAAAAUCAUUGAUGACAAACACAAAAGAAAAUCUGAUAAAAUAAUUGAUACAUUUUCUGCUUUAGCAGAAGACAUGUCAUUUAUGGAUGCGUGCUGUAGCUUAACAGAAAAGUCAAAAGUCAUUACUGGAUUGUCUGAUUUACCAGAUAUGGCAGAUAAUGACUGGCAGAGACAGUCAUGUAUGUCUGACAUUAUUGCAGCCAUCCAGGUUGCAAGUUUCCAACAAUGUAGAAAGAAUAUUGAGGAAGUUGGGAUGGAGAUACAUGGAAGUGAUGAUCCUGUCUUUCCAGUUGGCAGUCAAAAUUCCUUCAAGAUUCAAAAUAAAACAGAAAUUCAAAGAAGAUCCAUGAUUGCCAGUGAAGUUAUGUAUGAGUUGGUGACUUCCAAGCUACCUCUAUCAGUGUAUACUAAUCAACGCAGUCUUGGUCUUGACUACUACCCCAGUCUUCGCAAUAUUUGUCAGAAUGAAAAACUUAGAAAAGAAUUGCAGAAGAAGAGAAGGUAUCUGCACUACUUGGAUUCAAUAUCAAUGGUGUUGAAAGAAAAUACGCAUGUCUUACUAGCCACAUCCCUACAGACAAGUGAAGAAUUACCAACUACCAAUUGAUGCUAUUAUUCUAUUCAACUUAAUAAUGUAAUCUUUUAUGGUAAUGUUUAUUUUUAGACAAUAACACAUUUCAAAGGUUUACACUACUAUUCUCUAAUUAUGACCAGAUACAUUUUCAAAAUGUUAGGAUUGAUUAUUAGUACAAUACUACCCAGGCCUGGUACUACAGUAUACUGUAUUUAAGGAAUUCACUAUUUUAUUUGUAAUUCGGCGAUAUUUCUGGUAUAAAUUAAUGUACAAAGCUACAAUAUUAACUGAAUGAAAUAAACCAAGAAAUAUGCUAAUAUUUCUGCCCUAAUACAAAGAGGAUAUACUGAAAAUGAAAUUUAAAAAAUAGUGCAAAUACUUGUAGAAGCAGUCUUAUGACACUAGCUUUAUUUUCUUGAUACUUCAAUUGAUUCAAAUUUUCUAAGUCUAAAUACAGUAUCAUAUUUUUUAAAAAUUGUCAAUUGAAAUGUUGAGAUAAAUGAAUUAACUUUUCCUAAUGACAAAUGAUUUAGUUUUGAUUACCGGACUGCUUUAAAAAGCUAAGUAAUUGUAGAUAUGUACUAGAGUUUGGUGUAUUUCAUCAGUGAUUUAGAAUCUUGAAAUGGCAAAUGUAUAUGUCGAUAUAAGUAGUCUUCUAAAACAAAAUAUUUGUACAUCAAAUCCUGAUCAUUUAAUUACCAACCUACACAGGCAAUUGGUAUCUAAAUUGAAGGUUAGUAGAAAUGGAAUUAAACAAUAAUUAUUAUUUUGAAUUUUUUUUCUUUAAAUAAAUAAGUUAAUUUAAUAAAGGAGUAUAAUUUAUGUUGUUUUAUUUUAGGAGUGAAUUAACUCACCAACUAAUGUGUGUUUACAUUUCACAUUUAUGUUCUAUUGUCAAGAUUUAGUGCGUGGGUGUAAAUUUUGUAUUCAUGCAUUCUUUUCCAAAACACAAUCUGUAUCGACUUUUUUUUGCCACAUUAAAUUUUAAGAGUAAAUAAAUAUU